UAAAGAAGAAAAUCAUGAGACGUUCAUUCAAGAAAAAGUUAAAACGUUGACAAACUUUAGAAACAAAUUCUGAAAGUCAAAAGGACAAGGAUAAAGAAUACUACCUCUUCUACUGCAUCCGGUCAGGGAACCCCGUUGAUGGAAGUUACAAGCUCUCAGGAUAUAUGGCUUACACAUCAUUUAAGGUCAAGAAUGAUUGGCUGAGCCACAAAGUCAUUGUACAACGCACCAGCAAAGAGCACAAUGCAACUGUUGAACAAGGACACUUUCAAACAGUGUGUCCUGAUUUAGUCAAACAAAUUGAAGAAUGGAUCUCAUUAGGUGUCAAGCCAGAUAUCAUUCUACUGGAAGCCCACAAAUGGUCCAGAUCUCACGGACACACAGACCUGAACAACCGUCAGUACUUUGUCACUCCAAAGGACAUUGAGAAUAUACACACAUGCUUAGUACGCCGAAGCCAUCUGAAUAAAGAUGAUUCUGUUAGUUCAGCCAAAUUAUUGACCGGUCACCUGAAGGACAAUGUUGUUUUUUUUUCACCCUUUUUCCCAUGAGAAUGAUCUCAUAAUUAUCCUUCAGACUCCCAACAUGAGAGAGAAUCUAUACAGACAUGGAAAGAACGUUAUAUUUUUGGAUGCCACUCAUUGUGUAAACCAGUAUAAUUUUCCACUUUAUACCCUGGCUAUAAGAGAUGACUAUGGCCAUGGAGUUCCAGUCGCUUUUAUAGUAACAAGCAAUGAGAAAGAGGCAACUCUAGAGAUAGCUUUACAGCAGUUAAAGAGAGUGUGUCCUUCUGCCCCAAGGUGCUUCAUGGUGGACAAGGAUAUGUGUGAGAUAAAUGCCUUGCGGAAAGUCUUCCCAGACUCAGAUAUCUUGCUGUGCUGGUAUCGUGUUAUGCAGGCUGUUGUUCGUUGGCUUUCAAAGACAGACUCUGGAGUCAGUGGACCAUCAAAUACUGAUGUUAGAACAGAAAUAAUUUCCUUCAUCAGAAAGAUGAAGCUUUGUGCAACACAUCAAGAUUUUAAGUCAACUGCUGAGCAGUUCCUCAAGAGAUUUGAUGAUUUCCCAGCUCUUUGCUCAUACUUCAAGGAUCACUGGCUGGAACUAGGACAUACAUGGUCUGACUUUGGACGUUGCUACAACCAUGCUUAUUCUGAUACAAACAAUCUUGUUGAAAGAUUUUUCCAUCGCCUAAAAUAUCAGUUUUUGGGUGGCAUUAGGAACCGUAGACUGGACGAUCUUAUCAGCAUUCUCAUCAGGAAGACAGACGGAUACUUCCAGGUCAUCCAAGAUUUGCAGGCAGUUGGAAGAAUGAAAAAUGCCUCUUUGAAGUCAGGAGAAAUACUUAAAUCAGCCUCAAGAUUGGUGGAAAAAGGGAAGCAUACAAUCAGGAGUCUCCAGUGGUUUCUGAAGAAAAGAAAAUCAUUAACAGGCAAUAUAAGUAAGAUAUGUUUUGAUAAUUUAAUGUGUUCCAUACACUUUGCUAUUUUUCAAGGGACACAAUCACUUACUAUAUUAUAAACAUCUAAUAUGUAAUAUGAAAAGUACAUUACAUUGGUAAUUGCAUAAUACAACCCUAUAGGUGUUGUUACUGAGAAUCAACAGUCUGCUAGAAGUUAAGACUGACCAGUCAUAUUUGAGGUUUCCAGAUGUGUAAUAAGUAACAACCAGUAAUAAAAUAAUGUAACGUUCUCACCCAAGAUAAUUCUCAACUAUCAAAAGGUAGUCCUUUCGGAAAAUGCC